UUGAUGAGAAAGAGAUCAUUGGACCUGACAGGCAUUGAAGAAGAUACAUUUGAGAGUGAUACUGAAUCAUCAUCAAAAAAGAUCCAGCUUCAGCCCAAAAAGAAACUGAAACAAAUUCAUAUCCCUUGGACAGUUAAAGAAAAGGAAGCCCUUUUCGAGUCAUUUGGAGAUUAUCUUGAAGGGAAAUCUGUACAACUGCCUGGAAAGGCAGCAGUAGAAGUAUCACAGAGUAAAUACGCAGUUCUUAAAGGAAGAACUUGGCUUAACAUAAAAUUUCAAGUGAAAAACAUUAGAUCAAAAUUCUGGAAGAAGUAAUGUAGCAUAUGGUUUCACUCAUGGAUUUUAAGUGUUCAUUGACAACAGAAGCAGAGACUUGCACAAGUUAGCUUUAAGUAAAUAAAUUUAAACGCCUAGACAUAAGACAUAAACAAGUAAUUUGUGAAGAAAUAAGGGUGAAAAGUUGAAUAUCUGCAUUUUAUUGCCUUGAUACGUAUCUUCACAUGUACUAUGUCAAGACAAAGGUCUGAUUUUUGAGGGUUUCAGUUUGGUUAAGCAAAGGCCUGUACUUUUUAUUUUAUUUCAUACAGUUUCCCAAAGGAGGGAUUUGAACAUGAUAGAAAUGGUUGGUUUUCAGAAUAAUGAAGGUUUUUCUUCUCUCACCUUAUUUUAAUUCGGAUCUGUUUUAGAAAAUGUUUUGGGGCUUAUUAUAUCCAGAUCAAUGUAGUCAAUAAAUGUGUGCAAUUUUAGCUAAAUGGCUGAAGCAGUUUUAAAGUUAUAUUGAAUUAUAUAGAUAAUUUUGUCCCCUGUGCACCCAAAAAAGAGUGACAUUUUACGUGAAGGCUAGUUUUCAACAGUGUUUUAUUGUUUUUAAACCAAGCUUUAUUAUUACAGCUUUGAUUUUUCAUAAAUCUUAAACGCUCCACAUUUAAAGCAAAAUACUUUUUUCAUAAACAGCAUGAUCUUAUUCGUACCAGUAUUUCACAUCUUGUGAUUGAACCACCUUCACAAAAUUAAUGAAAAAAAUACUAAAUUUAAAUGUUGAACUCUACAGUUUAACAACCCCAUUACCUUUCUAAAGUCCUAAUGUUUUUCAAAGAUCUUAAUCCUUUAAGCUUUGAAGACACAAUAUGAUUUGUUUGUUUAAUGAAUCAACUUCCUUAGAGUCUUGAUGAAUGUGUAUACACCAAAAAAUGUCCCUGUGCACCUUUUCAGUAGUUUAGCAUCAGAUUUCUUUUAUUCUUUAAAUAAAAUGAGUUUUUACUUUAUUUUUGUUGAAAGGCAGUUACAAGGAAGUUACAGUGGAUACAAAAGCAGCUUUCAACUUCACAUAUAAAGGACUGUUAAACCAAAAGUGAUGUCCCCUGUGCACCCUUUAUUCACAUUCAUCAAUUACAUGUACCUUAGCAUUGCUGUAAUAUAUGGUGGCAGUUCUAUAUUCUAAGCAAUGUGUACACAAAAUUUAGGCAUUACUUUAUAAUUUAGCAUUAUAAAAGAAACCCUGAACAAUUUUAAAUUCAUUCUUUGCAUUUUUUGCUGUAGUUGCCAAUUUUCAAGUUAAAAAGUGGAAAUAUCAACUUUAUUGCUUCUUAACCUGUCAAGUUUGCCUAC